AUGGCGAAAAGCUCCUUUAAGAUGGAACAUCCUCUCGAAAGGAGGCAGGCAGAAGCAGCUCGCAUCAGAGAAAAAUAUCCUGAUAGAAUUCCUGUGAUUGUGGAGAGGGCUGAAAAGAGCGAUGUCCCUGACAUUGACAAAAAAAAAUAUUUGGUUCCUGCUGAUCUCACUGUCGGCCAAUUCGUGUACGUGGUCCGAAAAAGGAUCAAGCUCAGUCCAGAGAAGGCUAUUUUCAUCUUUGUGAAGAACAUUCUACCACCUACUGCUGCCAUGAUGUCGGCAAUAUACGAGGAAAACAAGGAUGAAGAUGGAUUCCUUUACAUGACUUACAGUGGUGAGAACACCUUUGGGGUCUAG